AUGGUUGAAAGAAAAGGUUGUGUUCGCAGAGAUCGUGGUAUGCGUGAUUUCAAUAGAUUCAUAGACCAGCAGGAGCUUAUGGAUCUGCCUAUUGCAGGGGCCAAAUACUCUUGGAGCAGCAGUGCUAACUCUCCUAAUCCUCGUCUUAGCAAGAUUGACAGGUUUCUCAUCUCGCCAGAGUGGGAAGACCAUUUUCCGUCCAUCAAUGUUUCGGCUCUCGCAAGACCUCUUUCAGAUCAUAAACCAAUUAUGCUUUCUUGUUCUUACGAAGAUUGGGGUGCUCCUCUUUUCCGUUGUGAAGCUACGUGGUUUCUGGAACCUACUCUCUUCCCUCUAAUGAAGACUUGGUGGACUUCCUUCAACUGUACAGGUUCAGCCAGUUUUGUCAUGGCAAAGAAACUGCAAUUUCUGAAGGAACAACUCAAACUUUGGAACAAAAAUGUCUUUGGGAGAAUCGACAAAAGAAAUGAGAAAAUAUUGGCAGAAAUAUCUUUACUGGAUCAAAGCGAUGAUAACAGAACCAUUUCAGUUUCGCAGACAACUAAAAGGAAUUCUCUUAGAAUGGAAUACGAGAAAACAGCUGACAUGCUUCACCUUCACUGGCUAAAUAAAUCUCGUGCUCAAUGGCUUGCGCUUGCCGUCAUAAAUGACCAUAUUGUUACUCACUGCAAGGAACAAUUCUCCAGCAACUUUGCUUCCUCCAUCUCCCUUGCUGGUAUGAACUUCAAACAACUUUCAGUUGUGGAUGCUUCUUGGCUCGAAAGACCUAUUGAGGCAGAUGAAGUUCUCCUUGCUUUGCACAAUCUUGGCCAAGAUAAAGCUGCAGGCCCCGAUGGUUUUCAAGUUAUUGUCUUCAUCAAAGGGUUGGACUUUAUGAAAUCAGACAUUAUGAAGGUUAUCAAAGAAUUUGAACGCAAUGGUUACAUUGAUUGGCGUUUAAAUCCACUUUCAUCACUUUGA